AUGACCAAUAUAACGGAUAAAAGUCACAGUUGUUCACGCUGCAAGAAAAUUAUCGGCCGCGUUGUUAUGAAUUGUAAAAUAUGUCUUAAGGAUUUUCAUCCAGGUUGUGCCGACUCCAACUGUCACAAAAUUCACGAUAUAAAUAAUCAGUUAGUGAGAUGUAAUGGGCCUUAUACCACUUAUGAGGUUCAAUUAAAUGAAGAUAAAGAAAGUAGGGAUAUAAAUAAUAGUAAUACUGAUCAAGUGGAAAAAACCAGUGUUAAUAACUCUGUAAUUGCUGAUAUUCAUAAUGACAAUAAUACCACUGACAUUUUAAUGUCAAAAGUGGAUUCUAUAUUCAAUAAAAUUGAUAUUAUUCAUGCCAAUAAUAUAAGUUGCUUAAAAGAGAUAAUAAAAAAUGAAAUAAAAGAUCACGUAAAACACCUUACUAUUUCUCUUCAACAGACUGUGCAGCAAGAAAUAAAAAAAUUAUCAAUAGAAUUAAAAAAUGAGUUAAAUAAAAACAGUAAAAAUUUGUAUGCGAUGAACAGUAAAAACAGUUAUAGUGAAAUUACUCAAAAAAAUCCUGUUGUGUCUAAUGUUGAUCGUCUAGUUGUCAAACCAAAUAAAAUUCAAGAUACGGAGGUCACAGUUAAGGAUUUAAAAAAUAAUAUCGACAUUGUAAAAUUAGGAGUUGACGUAAAAAAAGUAACCAAUCAAUCUAAUGGUAAAGUUAUAAUUGACACAGCAAAAGAAGCUGAUAAAAUAAAGCUUAUGAAUGAAAUUCAAAAUAAAAUUGGUAGUGAUUACGUGGUGAAAAAUAUAAAUAAAAAACUGCCAAAAAUAAAAAUAGUUAAAUUAGAAAAUAGCAUACUAGGUUUGAGUGAAGAAAAAAUUAUACGUGAAUUGUCAACACAAAAUAAAUGGAUAAAUUCAAAUGGCAAUAAUCCGGUUAAAGUUAUUAAAAAAUAUGAAACUGCGAAUGGUUAUGGAUCAAUUAUUAUUGAGGUUAGUACGAGCAUUCAUCAAGCAAUAAUGAAUAGUGGUAAAGUCAAAUUCGGCUGGAAUUUGUAUAACGCAUACAAUCAUAUUAAUAUUUUAAGAUGCUUUAGAUGCUGGGGGUUUGGGCAUCUUGCAAAUAAUUGUAAAAAAGAAGAAAUAUGCAGGUUGUGUUCAACUAAUCAUCAUGAAACUGAGUGUCAGAGUGAAUCUAAUAAGUGCAUUAACUGUGUUGAAUUGGUCAACAAAUAUAAACUAACAGAUAUUGACAUAAAUCAUUGUGCUACUGAUAGAAAUUGUAUCUCAUACAUUAAACUGUUAAAAAACGGCAAGAAAAUAUUCUAUUGUCAGAAAAAUAGCCAUCAAAAGUGAAUAUUAAUAAUCUAUCAAGUAAAUCUAACUUAAAAAUCAUAGCAGUCAAUAUUUGUGGCCUGGUUAAUAGAAAAGAUGAGAUUGAUAUAGUAAUAAAUGAAAUAAAACCUGACAUUAUAUGUCUAUGUGAAACCCAUACAACUGAUGAUGUUUCGGAUUAUGAGAUUGAAUUUAAAAAUUACAAUAUGAUACGAACGAACACGAAUAACAGAAGAACUGGUGGAACUAUAACAUAUGUAAUUAAAAAUAUCAAGUACAAAGUGAUAUUAAAUAGUAAUGACAUUAUUGACGGAUCUUGGAUAAAUUGUAUUCAGUUUUGUAAUGGCAAUGAAAAAUUAGUACUAUGUAAUUUAUAUAGGUCACCUAGUAGUAGUAUAAAUAUUUUUUGUGAUAAAAUUUUGGAAAUAGCAGAACAAAUUAUGGAU